AUGGAGCGUGCUUUACAGGCACAGCAUGUUCCAUACAAUCAGUAUCUGGAGUUUGCCGCUUAUCAGCUUGUAGGAGAGGCCCAGCCCUGGUGGAAAUACUUCCCUGAGUUUGUAAGGGAAGCGAAGGAGAUGGAGCUAAUGCAGCUGAAGCAAGGUUCCAUGUCUGUGGCUGAGAACACCAACAAGUUUGAAGAGCUUUGUAGGUUUUCUCGGGUGUGUCAGGGUGACCCAGAGACCUUCGAGAGUUGGAGGUGCAUUAAGUACCAAAGGGGUUUGAAGGAUAGCAUUAUGACCGCUGUGGCUCCUAUGGAGAUCUGUGUCUUCUCCGACUUGGUGAACAAAGCAAGGGUGGUGGAGGAGUAUGCCAAGACUGUGGCUGCAUCCAAGGACACUUAUAGAGGAAGUAGUAGCAAAGGACGUGGCAAGCAUUACCAUCCAAUGAGUCAAAACUUUAAGAGAGGAGGAUAUGCGCAUCAAGGUCAAUGA